GGCCGUCCUGGAGUGGAACAAAGUCAGUAACUUUGACCGAAUGGUUUACUAUGACAUGGCAGAGAAGUUCACCGAGUUUGAGCUGGAAGAGCGGGCUCAGAAACUCCAGUGUGAGCAGCUGCCCUUGCACUCUGCCCUGCCCCAGGCUCUCCACGUCGUCCCCAACGCACCCAGCAAAGGCAGCCAGCAGCCGCUGGAGGAGCCCGCGACAUGGAAGACUGACACCAAGCUGGCAUCGGGGCGCCCCCACAGAACCGCCCGCAACCCUGUCCUGUCGCCCCCAGGGGCCCGCAGGGAGCUUCCAGCCCCCGGUGAGGAGGCGGUCUCCCAGUACAUUGAGAUCAUGGAGUCCCUGCAGAGGGAGACCUGGGCGGGGGGCUGCAGUGAGGCGCCCCCAGGGGCUGAGGAGGGAGACGGGGACGCGGGCGGAGUGGGUGCCAUCCCCGAACUCAUCGAGUAUAUCGAGGGGCUCUGCAGCAAGGACUCCUUCAUCAGCAAG